AACAAGUUUUUAACUUUUUGAAAUACAUAAAGGUAAACGGAGUCAAUCUUCCUUUUCGAAUACUUUAAAUUGAUUUAACACGUAUAACUUAAAUAGUUGGGCACUGAUCGAUAGUCAACGACGUUUAUUUUACUUCCUCAACCACAACAGGUGUAGUUAUGCGUUUUAUGUUUUUGAUAUACUUUUUGAAGUUAUUCUACGAGGCGAGAACUUACGAAAAUAUCGCAUUGCAUAAACCCGCAUGGCAGCAGCAUACUGCUAUAGGAAUGGGAGCAGAUCGUGCUGUGGACGGACGGUAUUCAGACCUGUCUGGUGGAGGAGGACAGUGUUCGAUAUCAGGAUAUGGGCAUACAACAGCAGAGUGGCGGGUAGACCUGGGAGAUGUACACAGUAUAGACCGCAUCUUUAUACAGUACCUGACGGAAAACGCUCUAUGGAAUGGAAAUAACAGCUAUGCCUCUGACUUUCUCGGAUUCUCGCUCUACAUAUCAAACACAAUUAGAAAAGAGGAUUGGGUACUUUGUUUUAAAGACAAUACCUAUACUAAGGAGACAAUACCAAACCCUCUUAAUAUAUCAUGUCGUCUGAGUGGUAGAUACGUCAUCUACUAUAACAACAGAACUCAUCCUCCAUUUCCUGAAGACUACAGCGAAUAUGCCGUUUUCACUCUGUGUGAAAUAGAAGUGUAUGGAAUAACCAUCACUUUUAGAUUGGAGUGCAUUAUCUGAAGGAAUACAACCAUGCAAUCAUACUGCCUAACGUUUAUUGGUUCUUAGGUUGUCCAAAUGUGAGCUAUUACAUGUACGGAGAUAACUGUUCUACGCCUUGCCAUCAGAACUGUUUGGAUGGACGAUGUGACGUUAUGGAUGGAACGUGCGUAGGCUGUGUACCAGGAUACACAGGAUCGAUGUGUG